AUGACAAAUCAAUCAGAUGGCUUACAGCAGAUUAUAGACGCGCACUUUACAAACAAUAUAAAGUGGGAUCCAGAGAUUGUUGAGAUAAUUUUUACAAAGGAGCUUUUACCUUUUGACUUUGCCUCACACAAACUUCAGCAAUUAGAAGCAGCUGAAUACUUUGAAAAGUAUCUAUGGCCACAUUUUGACUCUACAGCCUCCGUUAAUCACAUUAUUUCAAUUUGCUUGAUGCUAAACGAGAAAUUUCAUCAAAACGCGGUCAAUUGGGACAAACUCUUGGAUUCUGAAAGAUUUUUCAAUCUUUUUCAACGCGUUAUUCGAUUGUUGGGUGAUGAUGAUGUAUCAUUAAGCUGUCAAAUACCACCAAUUACUUUUCUGAUUCACUGUCUCCAAAGCUUUGAUAUUGCUCCUGUACAAACAGAAUGUCUUAAAUUAUUCACUAUUGGAAUCUGGUCCAAUUUGGCUUAUGAAUCAAGACGAGAACAGAUGUUUACUGAUUACCCUUUCUUGAGAAAGUUAUGGAAUUCGAGCAAUAAAAAGCUAAAUGCAGCUAAUGAAUCAGCAAAGGAACAGCUAUUGUACGAAAGAAGCUGGCUUUGCUUAUUGUUGAACAAUUUUGUGUCUCGGUUGUAUACAAUUCCUGCUGAAGGAGAAGUUGACAAUCACUUGAUCAAGUAUAACGAGCUUGUUCUUGAAUUUUUGGUAACUUUAGAAACCCAAUUUUCAACACGUCGAUUUGUCAAUACACUUCUUGAUGACCAUCAAAUCGUCGUAUUAUGUCGAAUGGCACCUUUUAAUCAACAAAAGACAAAGGACAUUGAAUUACUCAAGUCUCUUGUAGACACUUUAGCCUUGUACGCAAAAUUGGAAGUGAAUGAUCAUACUGGAGCUGCUUUGUCAAAUAUCGAAGCUUUAGAAGCUCAUCGUCAACAGCUUGUUAAACUACAGCAUAUCGCCUUUCGUCAAUUUAGAGACCAUCUAAAAGAGCUUCCAUUAACCAAUUUGGCAUCCAUUGAAACUCGCGAGAAUUUGCUGUGGCAUUUUAAACCACUUUCUGAAGAAACGCUUGUACAACUAUGCAAGUGUCUUGAAGUCCGUUUCGAGCCCAUCAAUCAAAGCAUUGGAGUAGACCUAAAAGAGUAUUUGAUAAAUGCACUCGUCCUAAAGUAUGAAAAGCCUCAAAAAUUAGCUGAACAAACCAACAAGCAGCCUCUGUACCCUGAUGAAAAUGUGAUAUUUGACAGCGCCAUGACACAAGAGAACCCAUACGAUCGACCACUUCCCUUUGCUAGAUUAAACUUACAAUUCCUUACAAUGAAUGAUUAUUUGUAUAGAAAUUAUAUUCUCCUUCAACAAGAAAGCACAUAUAAAAUUAGAAAGAAUAUUGUGGACGUAGUCAGGCGACUUUCACCUCAAGUAAAAUUCCCAGAAUUUACAACAGUAUUCACUAGUUGGGCUCGUAUGGCUACUACCAUUGACUCCUUCAAUAUUGUGGACAUUGCUGAUAUCAAAAUUGGUGAAGAAAAACCAGCUCAUGUUUUUGCAGAUGUUUCUAUCAACCUUGGCAAAUAUGCACGCAAUAUUCGUAAUGAAUGGGAUAGUCUUCGUAAGCAUGACACUCUAUUUUUGAUCACGAUUGAAGCAAAAGAAAAGGAACCUGGAGCAGUAGAUAUGGAUGAGGACUUCAGAGAGCAAUAUGGUAUUAAAUAUGUUCGUGGAUGUGAAAUUGUCGAUUUUAUCGGUGUUGAUGGACGACCAAUUGAUGAAGUCUCUAGACCUCGACCUGAAGAUAGAAAAGAUAAAGUGAAAGCUGGUCAACGUACUAUUCGUGUUGAGCUUGAUACAGAUCAAUACAAGAUCGAUACUGACAAACAGAGCAAACAGCACGGCGAAGAUGUUUAUACUACAUUCAAUGUUUUAAUGCGUAGACAUCCCCAAGAAAACAACUUUAAGCAUAUAUUACAGACGAUUAGAGAGUUAUCACAAACAGAUACUGACAUUCCUAGUUGGUUACAACCUGUAAUCCUUGGUUAUGGUGAUCCUUCUAGCACACAUUACAGCAAUCUCAAGGACCGCAUUGAAGAAUUCGAUAUGAGAGACACAUUUGUGGAUAGAGAGCAUCUAUUGGAAAGCUUUCCAAACAAGACAUUGCAAUUUAUUGACGACUCGGUGCCAUCGGAAGAAUCAUUCUAUCGAUUCAAGUUAUUAAACGAUCCAAUGGAAGAAGAUUCUGUCGUUACAAAGAAGACCAAGAAAACAAAGAAAGCAGAAAAGGCUGUCAAGUCAGAAACAUUCGAGGUCAAACCUUAUAAACUCACAAGUGAUAAUCCCUACAUUCACGGCAACCGCAAGCGUAACACAAUCCGCUAUACACCCAAACAAGUAGAAGCUAUAUACUCCAGCAUGAACCGAGGUUUAACCAUGGUCGCUGGUUCAUCAGAGGCUGCAAAAGUCGAUGCUAUUGUCCAGACUAUUUCCAAUCUACAUCAUAACAAUCCUCAGCAACGCACACUCAUUGUUGCAAGCAAUAACGAUUUGUUGAGCCGUAUCCUUGAUAAAGUGAUGAACAUGGGUAUUGAUUCACAAUAUAUCUUACGUAUUGGACAUGGCGAUCAAGAAUUGAAUCCUGAAUACAACUUUAGCAAAUACAGCUGUGUGCCUCCAAUAUUGGAACGUAGAAUGUCUCUUUUACAUGAAGUUGACAGGCUAAGUCAAAGUUUGAAUAUUCCUGGCGAGCAUGGAUCUACAUGUGAAACAGCUAUCUACUUUUACAAAGCUCACAUCUUGCCUCUUUGGGAGAAUUUCACAAAAGCUUUAGACUCUAUUAGUGACGUCCAAAACUUACAAAAGAUCUUUCCUUUUACUCAAUUCUUUACUGAUACUCCUGAAUCAAUUUUUGAUGAAAAAAUGAACUUGGAAGAAGCCAUGGAAUCAGCUAUGAGCUGUAAGCAAUAUCUCGACAACCUCUUUGACCAACUGAAGAGAAUAAGACCAUCCGAAUUCUUAAAAUCAAACUAUGAUCGAGCAAACUAUGUUUUGACAAAGGAGGCCAAGGUUAUUGGUCUAACUGCUGUCCAUUCGGCCUUAAAGCGACCUGAACUGAUCAAGCUUGGAUUCAAGUACGACAAUGUGUUUAUGAUUGAUGCAGAUCAGGUUUUGGAAAUUGAAAAUUACAUUACACUGUUGCUUCAAGAGAAUGAAUCAAAUCUAGAACGCAUCGUGCUCAUGGGUGAAGACAAGCAGAUAUCAGUUGCUGAUGACACUGUAUUUAACAAGUACGGAAACUUGAGUCAGAGCAUGUUUAGACGAUUCAUUCGUCUUGGAGUACCCGUGAUUCGAUUAGAUUAG